AUGCCCUCGGCGUCUAUCGAAGAACCGCAAGUUAAUCCUCGUAUCGCAGAACUCCGCAGACCCCAACCGCGGUCUGCCGGCGCGUCUAAUCGACCUACGAGAAGCCAGAACGUUUCGGAGCUGGUGCGCUUUUUUCAGACGCAAGAGGACUCUUCGCGCGCGGCAGAUAAGCUCGACGGCGCGAUGGAUCUUGUCAAGGCCGGUCGUCGGCUGCUGAGUCAGGCCAGAGCCGACAAGCGCGCAAAGGGAACUGCGAGUCCAACGCCAAGCGAGAAACCAAGUCGAGGCUAUCGCAAGCUAGUCGCUUUGCAGCAAGCAAGCUUCCUUCCCCCAAGGGCAAGUACAGAGAGUGUGGAUUUAUCGCGACCAUCACGGACCAAGCGAGACGUGGAGGCCAUGGGUCGCCCAUGGUUGGACGACAGCGUCGGGACGAAGACUAGCAGCAAUAAUAGUAGCAGCAAUCAGGAGCAGCAAGAAACGCGCCAACGCUGCGAGUCACUGAGUCUCGGCGAUUUGGCCGCCCUGGUCGAAUUCUCCGUGUCGUUUCCUGAUUUUGAGAACGAGAUUGGACCGCCUCCCUAUCAGGUUCACCAGAGCCAGACGGGGCUGCAAAGCUCCGUGCCGGCUGACGGCGAUCAGCAGGGGCAAGAUAAUGACGAUGAUCAACGACGGUUGCAUUCGCCAAUUCCGACGGCUGCUGAUUCGGCGAGAGCCCGGGGUGGAGAGGCGCCUAAGGGGGCAAGGCCAGCGCUAAAAAGCCCCGGACGGCCGCCCCAAGAGCGUAGCGGCCCGCCCGUAACCCUUCAAAGCAACACCGUUGACACUAAGCCCUCGGAUGACAGCAGCGUGGUAGACAGCGACGGAGAUGACGCAAAAAGCCUCGCUGUCCUGCAACGGGCAACGGAGCGGCUGGAGCGUGAGAAAAAGGGUGCUGAACAGCCCUCCAGUCACAACGACAAUGUCGAGACCAAGGAGACGCCUACGCAUUCGCUGAAUAAGGGGGUGACCGACACUCCGCUAGUCGUCGAACCGGUGCAGUCCGCAGCUCCGUCAACGGACGCCGGAGGUAGUAGGAACGACCAGCCUAGGAUCAGCGGCAUUCGCAGGGACAUCACCCCUUUAACCCUGGCCGGGAACCGCAACGGGGGACCCAUUCCACUAACGCUGGUUGCCGAAUGCUUGCCUCCACGCGUGUCUAGCAGGAGCGCCUGCCGCCAGCCUCAGGCUUCCCCACAGUCGACUCUGGAUUCCGCAUCUCAACCGCCGCGGAGCCUCCAAACACCUACGCUGGACAGCUUUCCACGACCGCAGCAGACCUUGCUCUCGCCGUUUCCGAUCCAGUCCCGCCGUGCCCGCAGCGUGACGCCGGAUGGUGCACCCGGACAGACAGCUGUUCGCCCGAAGAAGAGGAAGAAGAAGCAGCAGCCUCCGCCGUACUAUUAUGGGGUUGCAGACGUAGCUCCUCCCCCAGCUCCGACAAAGCCCCUCCCCUCACUGCCGCAGUCCAACACGUCCCGAGAUCAAGAGUCGAGCUCAAGGAGGAGCACGGGAGACACAGAGAGCGCAAUGUCGUCGAGCUCAGAACACGCCGGAAUGACAGUCCCAGAGAAAUCAACUCAGCAGCAUAUGGAUAGUCCGACUCUGGGAUCGACGGGGCGGCUGAAAAUCCGGAAGCACCUGACACCUCGGCCCUCCUCUUCCCGUUCAACGUCGAAGAGCGUUGAUAUGUCAGAGACAAUGCCCAGCUCGAGGGAGGACCGGCAUAUAAAGAGUACGUCGUCGGCAGAAUCCAGUUUGGAACAGGCGCUGCGGGAUAGGGCCGAAAGGGUUCAUGCUCUCCGCAUGAGAGAUAUGUCUGUUAGCAAAGAGCGGAGGCGCAGCGGUAGCCCAACUCGGAGUCUGCGAAAUGGGACUUCUUCGAGAAAGGACGACGAGGACACGGGAGCUCGGCCGGCGGAGGCUGAUGCGGCUGACAGGAAGAUCAAGCGGAAUGAGAAGCACCGCGUCAGUGAUGCUCCGAGUAUUCCUCUGCCCAUGGAUCCCCCCGUCACCGCUCAGGGCGCUCCCUCGACGACUCGCCGGAGACGGUCCGGUUCGUCAUCGUCUUUGCCUUGGUCCGUCGCCGCUUUGAGAGGUUACGAAGGGGAUGCUGUUUCGAGAAGCAACAGUGUCCGAAGCACCAGCGUUACAGACUCCAGCAUUCACUCUGGGGGGAACACACAUGCUACAACAAAUGGCAACACCAACGGCUAUCACCACCGACGAUCUGAGUCUUCGUCUCUGCCUUCGUCUGAUGAAGAAGGUGUAAGCAGGCGUAGGCGGUCUUCUCCCUCCCAUGCGAAUGAGGAACAGAACCGAGAGCGGCGUCGUAGUGGUGACGACCGUCCUCGCAGCCAGAAACAGCAGGAACAACAACCGCCCCAUGCGCCUGAGGCUGGGAGGAAUCAUUCUAGUGAGGCGCAACAGAAUCCGCGGGCUGGAGAUCAUGUUGCCUCGCAUGUCCCGAGGGGCCGUGACUCUUCGAGCCAGGAACACUCGUCCCCGAAGUCUCAGUAUUCUCAGCGCACGGCAUACUCACAGGAGUCUCGGUCAAGUCUCCGACAUUCAGGCCACUAUCUCCACCCGCUCGAAGCUCGGGUGGCGCAGUUGGAACGACAGAACAAGAUGCUCCAGGCUGCGCUCCUCGCAGCGCUUGAUAUCGGCGUCUCUUACGAUGCCGAGUGCGUCCGUAGUGGCCUCCCAAGCCCGCUGUCCUCAUACAGCACGAGACUAGGUUCGUCGCUGGGCGGUCUGGGAUUCGAUGAGACCAGGUACGAGCGAGAAAGGACGAACCGUAAGUCGUAUCCUACUCGCCGCCCGGACAGUUGGGCUAGCGUCCGCGACCAGCAUUCGCGAGGGAGCCAGGGCAGCUUCGAAACCCACAGUUCUGAAAGCGAUGCCAGUGUGAGAGCCAUGGAGAACAUGCUCAGCGACUUGGACGUCAGCGAGGCGUCGGGGGAAUGGAAUGAGGAAUGGAACUGUCACACGCGGCGGUCCUAA